UGAAAGUUUUUUAAAUAUCAAAAUGGCCGCUUGUCAUUUACGUCUAUUCAUCAGCCUGGAACUUAACAACCAGUUUAGUUUGUGCGCUGUGUUUUGAUAAUUUGAGCAACAAAAAAGUGACGAAAAAUAUUUAGUUGUAAUCAAUAGUGCUCCAUUAUUUGGGGCAACUUUCUUAAAAUGAACGAAUUAUCGUCUCCUUCGCCUCCGCCGCGACAAUCGGCCGGAAGUCCACCGCCAAAGUGCGCAAUUUGUCUCGGUACCUGCAACAAUAAGUGCUUCUCGGACUCCUGUCGACAUCAGUUCUGUUUCACCUGCCUACUAGAGUGGUCGAAGGUCAAAGCUGAGUGUCCGUUAUGUAAACAACCGUUUAAGUCCAUAAUUUAUAAUAUUAAAUCCAACGACGAAUACGAUGAACAUGUUAUUGUCAACGACCCGUUUCAAGGAGGCAGGGGGUUCCACAACAUCGAAAAUUACUUCUUGCCCCGUUCACCCUCUCGCCACUUUCAGUUCAGGACCACCUUUACCGUUGACCAAGGAGGCGAACUUGCCAUUCAGCAAAUGUUACUCUCUCAUCCGCUCACGAACAGCAUGUAUAACUUUCCCGACAAUUACAUUUUGCCAAGACACACAAGUCGGUUUGGCAGGUUGCGACAUGCUCGCCGGGCGAGUUCUGCUACCAGCUUCCGAAGGUCCGUGUACAUGACCAAUAUGUGGGUGUAUGCUCCACCGGAUGUUACAGGACGUUACAGAGAAGCUACCCCUCAAUUUUUUAGCGACAAUCCUGCCUCCAGAAAUCGACUUGUUCCAUGGUUGAAUAGAGAAUUAAACGCCUUACUUCGUGAAAACACACAGCAGGUGAUGCACUUAGUGGACGUAAUAAUGGACCAUUUACCGCGAUGGCACAUCAGAAGCAGAGCGUUCAAGCGCCUGUUGGAAACCUACCUAACCAACAAAACCGACCAUUUUAUCCACGAGUUUUACAAUUUCAUGCGAUCACCAUUUGACAUGAUCGGAUACGAUCGCCACAUUGUUUACUCAAACCGACCGACUUCGCCCACAUACUCAAUCUCGGACCAAGAGGAUGAUAGUGAUGUAGCUAUAGUGAACGUACCGGAACCGAUUACAGUCAACAACAAUCCAUUCCGAAGGCCGACCAUUGAAGUUAUUGAGAUCAACUCUGACAGCAGUCACGAUUCCGACGUAAUUAUCGGGGAACCGCCGGCGCCCGAAGUGAUUCUGCUCGAUUCUGAUACGAACGAGGAUGUUAGGACGCUCGAUCCCCCAACGAGUGUGAGUAGCGAUUUAAGCAGCAGUAGUGAAGCUUAUCGCAAACCAGUUCUACCUCUUAAGGUACGAUUUAAGCGAAAGCGACAAUCAAAAGAGAGGCGAUCAAAGAUUAAAAAGAAAUGUUGCCAAAGAUGCUGUUCGUCAAACGCUUCAUCGAGUAGCAGUAGCGAAGAUUCCAGCGAUUCUACUACCUCCUUUAGUAAUGACUCUGCUAAUAAACGGUCCAGAAAGAAACAGAAGUAUAAAAAGAAGGCAAGGAACCACAAGGACAGUAAGGUGCGCCUAAAACGGAAGUUUAAUAUGAUAAGCAGCAGUUCUGAUAGCGAUUCUCCAACCGUACUCGAGAAACCAUCCACUGGAUUCGAUUCGGACGAUAGCAUUCCCUUAUCCCAAAUAAAACACCAGGAACUGGUCAAACAAAAAUCUAAGAAGCCCACCAUCGAACCGUCACAAAGUUACACAGUGAGCAGUUCUAAGUCGUAUGAAACCGUCGUCGAUGAAUCCAAACCGUCUUGUUCACGUUGGAAACCGCAAGCCACCUUUAAUACGGCACCGUGUCAGGUUUCUUCCGACUCGAAUUCUUCUAAGCCUAUUACCAAUGUAAAUAAAAAGGAAGACAAUUCCAUUCUCUCCACCUAUCGACAACUCGACGAUGGGAAUCGGUACGAACCAUUCUCUAAUUACCCAUUGGUCGGUUCGUCGACAACCCCUUCGGUCGGUAGUCGCUACUACGAAGGCGCCCAUUACUCCUCUGCACCGAGAAAGUUGGAGAGUUACACUCCACCUCUCCCCUCUAACGAAGACGUAGGUUCUAUGUACAAUAAUUUAUUUUACGAUUACAACUACGAGAACUAUCCGAAUUGCAAUCGUUCUGACAGGAAAUUUUGCCCUCAGGAGAAUGUCCCAUCUCGAGUGAAUGUGGCGGUCGGCACUUCACCUCUGCAUAGCGGUACAGAUUUCUCUGUACACGACAGUUACUACAAUCCGAUUUUUAGCAAUAGCCGUCGCUUACAAAGCGUUAUUGUUAAGAAAGAAGGUAAAGACAAUUCGAAGGGCUCCCUUCGUUUAAUGGCUGUUUCAUCCGAAUCCGAUUCUAAUUGAAUCGUUUUCUCAGGUCAUAGUUUAUUUUAAUUUCUUUGUUUUUAUAUUUCUGUAAGUAAAAGAUUUUAAUCGAUGGAAUUGGGUUGUCCUCUUGUCUGCUCUCCUUUCAAAAUUACUCAAUUUCUUAGGGAGUGUGUGAUAUGAUGAUUGUACAGAUCACAUCAAGCUACACCUAAUGUUUAAGGGCAGAUUUUUCACUUCUUUGACACUUUCUAGUUUCUGUGUCUUUAAUAACGACUUCACGGCGAGAUCUAAGAGUUGCAUGGUAAUGGUGUUUUAUGCUUAUUAUCUACAAGAUUAAUUUGCGUACAAGUAUUUAAAAUACAAUGUAAAAACAUUCACUUAAUCAAAUUUUCUCACAAUAAAGACUAGUCGGAGAUUUGGUACAGGUAGUAACAAAAAAAAA